GUAUAAUCUAUGGUUUAGUCUAUGCUCUAUGGACUUCCUCGAGCUAUUUUUUAGCCGAUUUAUGAUUUUCUGUUGUGCGGUGCCUUAUGUGAAAUAAUAAAAGGAAUUUAAGAGUUAUUUUGUUAAUUAAAAUUCCCCGAGCAAAACUUGAAAAAUGGAAGGAGAUAAAUCGGAUAACCCUAAGUCAUAUUCUGGAAUCCCAGAAGCAGUAUUUGUUGAUAAUGUAGACGAAUUUAUGAACAAGCCAGAAAAUGCUGGUGGUGUGGACAAAGUUUUAAAGAGUCUAGAUGAGCAACAUGCAAAAUAUAAACACAUGGAAAUGUCACUGGCAACAAAACGAAGGCGACUUAGGCAACAGAUACCUGAUCUAGCUCGUUCUCUGGAAAUGAUUGAAAAACUUAAAACCCAAAAAGAGGAAAUGCAAACAGAGUUUCUACUCAGUGAUCAAGUAUUUGUGAAGGCAAAUGUACCACCAACUGAAAAGGUAUACUUGUGGCUUGGCGCUAAUGUAAUGUUAGAAUAUACUCUAGAAGAUGCAGAGAAUCUUCUAUCAUCAAAUAUGGCUACUGCUAAGAAGAAUCUAGCGUGUGUUGAGCAUGAUUUAGAUUUCUUAAGAGAUCAAUGGACAACAACAGAAGUAAAUAUGGCAAGAGUUUACAACUGGGAUGUGAAGAGGCGCCAAGCUGCCAAAGCAUCCAGUUAAUUAAUGUUUUACAAUAACACCAGUACACCUAUAGCAUUUUGCACUCAAUAAUUUAUAUUGUAAUGUAUUAAAUUUCUGAUAUAUUUUGAAUGUUUCUGAUAUAAAAGGCCACUCAUACUGUCUUCCUUUGCUAUGUAUCCACUGUGUGAAAUAAUAAUAAUAUCUAAACAUUGUGUUUAGGAUAGGUAUUGCUUUAAAAAUUCUUCUUUACACUAACAUUAAAAUAUGCAAAUGUUUAAAUACAACCAACAAAAUGAGAUAUUUUUCUAUAUCUAUAAUGGAUCAAAAGUUUUCAUCAAAUUAGCUAAUAUGGCAUUGUCAACAAUUUGUGGAGAUAUAUGGAAAUAUUUCUUAUGUUUGUUAAAACAUAUUUGCUUACCUUGGAAAGAUUUUGAUGAACAAAACAUGUCCAUAUUAAUGUAUGUAGUUACUAGGCUGCUCAACAUCUUUUACACUGCUAUUACAUUAAAAUGUUUUUUUACAUAUCCUUUGCCUUAUGCUUCAGAUAGUCUAAUAUUUGCUAUUUUUACCCAAGAGUUGAACUGUCAUAUUUAUUUUUGGUAUUGAAAAAAUGUGUUGUUUUGUCUUAGAGAGAAGGUAGUGAAUACCAUAAAAUUGCAAAGUUCAACAAUGUUUAACUAAUUGAGCCUAAAUAUUAUAGACAGGGCAUUAUUCCGUGUUUCACAUGCAAUAAGCUCGUAUUUGUUUUCUAAGUUUGUAUAUAAAACAUCUAAUGUUAGAUUACUUCAAAUAAAAAGAUAACUGCUUUUGA